UGCGGUGAUCCGGUAAUCCGGGGACCAGCCCAACUCCUGCCCCAGGUCUCAUGAGCAUGCGCAGAAAUCCCCCUUAGAUCCAAAACUACACUUCCCAAAAACCUCCGAAGAAUUUUAAGAAAAAAAUUUUUGCUGUCAGAAACUGUCACCGAACGUAAAAGGCGAGGAUUUGGGGUUGUCCGAGGGUGCUGAAGAAGGGAAGGAUUGGAAUUCUUUCUGGCCGGCGCGUCGAGAGGUAGUUGAAAACCCCAUCUCCUCCGAGCUCCGCCCAGGUCCCGGCAGCUCUCGGGGCUUAGGUUGGGCAGCCCCGCCCCGUGACGCCUCCUGAUCCUUGCACCUCUGUGUCCGGGCUGGCAGGUGCGUGUGGGGCGAGGCCAAGGGCUGGAAGAGUUUCCUAAGGCCUAGAGGCCAGGGCCUUCCUAUUACAGAUGAGAUUUAAUUUAACGGUUAAGCCACUGGCACAGGGUCACCCUGGUGGUGCGCUCUCCAGGGCCUCAUGCUUCCUUCUGGGAUUCGAGCCUCUCCGGUAGUGACCCGUGUCGAGGGACAACGGACAAGCUCUGGGAGCUGUUCCUCGUGAAUUUCCCAUCUCUUGCUUUUAAUGGGAUGCCGCAAACCCCUUCUCCGGGAUUGCUGUUGAGGCCCCUCGCAGCGACGCCCUUCCCCCGCACCUCCCACUGCGAAUAUCUGGGGGCUAUAGCUCAGGCGCCCCUCCUAACUAUGCCUUUUUCCCCCCUACCCAGCUCUGACUUCUGAAGGCUUGCCCCUUCCCCAGAAGACACAGUUUUGAGGAGGAGGGAAUGGCCCCAGCGUUCUUACCAGCCCAGGCUGGGCAGGAGUCUUUGUCAUUCACUGAUGUGGCUGUGGAUUUCACCUCAGAAGAGUGGGCACAUCUGGAUAGUUCUCAGAAGGAGCUGUACAAGGAUGUGAUGUUGGAGAACUAUAGAAACCUGCUAUGCCUGGGACUUGCAGUUUCCAAACCAGAUGUGAUCUCCCAGUUGGAACAAGGGGAUGUGCCAUGGAUGCCAGAGGACAAAGUCUCAAGAAACAUCUGUCCAGACUGGGAAACUAGAUUUGAAUCCAAGGACUCAACUGAAAAACAAGCUAUUUCCACAGAAGAAUCAUCUGAAGGAAGACUCAAAAGGGAUGAUUCAUGCAUUUCCAAAUUGGGAGAAGCCUGGGAAUGUGAUGACAUGUUAGAGAGACAACAGAGCAAUAAAGAGAAACCCUCUAGGAAGCACGCUGGAGAGAAGCCUAAUGAAUGUGAGAGAGCUGCCAACCACAGUUCACCCAUUAUUUCCCAUCACAGAAUUCAUACUACAGAGAAACCCUAUAUUUAUAAUGAAUGUAGUGAAAUUUUAGGUCAAAAUGCACAACUCAUUUGCCAUCAGAGGAUUUCUACUAGACAUAAAUCCCAUAAAUGUAAUGACUGUGGCAAGACCUUCUCUCUGAGUGCACAGCUAAUUCGACAUCAGACAAGUCAUAAUGGAGAGAAACCUUAUAAAUGCACUGAAUGUGAAAAGACCUUCCGUCAGAGCACACAACUUACUCAACAUCAGACAAUCCAUACUGGAGAGAAACCUUAUGAAUGUAUCAAAUGUGGCAAAACCUUCCGCCGGAGUGCACACCUUGCUGAACAUCAGACUAUUCAUACUGGAGAGAAACCUCAUGAAUGUAAUGAAUGUGGGAAAGUCUUCAGUCAUAGAUCAUCCCUUACUUACCAUCACAGAAUACAUACUGGAGAAAAGCCUUAUGAAUGUAAUGAAUGUGGGAAGGCCUUUCGUCAGAGAACACAGCUUACUCGACAUCAGACAAUUCAUACUGGAGAGAAACCUUACAAAUGCAAUGAAUGUGGGAAAACCUUCCGCCUAAGCACACAACUCACUAGACAUCAGGCUAUUCAUAUGGGAGAGAAACCUUAUGAAUGUAAUGAAUGUGGGAAGGCCUUUCAUCAGAGCACACAGCUUAGUCGACAUCAGACAAUUCAUAAUGGAGAGAAACCUUAUGAAUGUAAUCAAUGUGGAAAGGCCUUCCGCCAGAUCACACAUCUAACCGAACAUCAAAUAAUUCAUACUGGAGAGAAACCCUAUGAAUGUAAUGAAUGUGGCAAGGCCUUCCGCUGGAAUACACAGCGUACUCGGCAUCAAACAAUUCAUAAUGGAGAGAAACCUUACGAAUGUAACAAAUGUGGGAAGGCAUUUCGCCAGAGAACACAGCUUACUCGACAUCAGACAAUUCAUACAGGAGAGAAACCUUAUGAAUGUAAUGAAUGUGGGAAAGCCUUCCGCCUUAGCACACAACUUACUCAACAUCAUAUAAGUCAUACUGGAGAGAAGCCUUAUGAAUGUAAUGAAUGUGGGAAGGCCUUCCGGUGGAGUACUCAACGCACUCGGCAUCAGACAAUGCAUAAUGGACAGAAACCUUAUGGAUGUGGAAAAGGCUUCUGCCAGCAAACAUACCUUACUCAACAUCAGACAGGUCACACUGGAGACAUAUCUUCUAAACAUAAUGAAUGUGAAGAGACUUUCUUCCAGAGAGCACAGACUUCUCAACCCCAGACAGUUCUUAAUAAAGCAAUCCCAUAUAGGUAAUAUAUGGGGGAAUAGAGCAUAUAACUUCCAUCAGAGCAUAUAGCGUACUCUGUAUCAGGUGGUUUGCCCUGGAAGGAAAUUUCUGAGAAUAUGAUAAAUGUGAAAAAAUAUAAACUUUUACUUAAAAAUCAGAGAUUCGUGCUGAUAGCAAACUCCAUGAACAUAAUAUAGGGAGGCAUUCAGCUAUUGCACAUAUGUUACUGAAUAUCUGAAUUUAUAUUAGAAUAAGAAUAAAUUAAAGAAUGAGAGAAAACUUCACAGUUCAUCUUUCCCAUUAUGGAAUUUGUACUGAAAUGAAAGCACAUAAAUGUGAUGAAAAUAGAAAGAUCUUUAAUUGGAGCUUAUUACUCAUUAAGCAUCAAAAUUUAUACUGGAGGAAAGCCUUAAAGUUAAACCUUAUGAAUAGAAUUAAUAUGAUGAUUUCAAACAGAUCACUUACUCAAAAUUAGAAAAUUUAUACUAAGGGAAAACAGUAUAAAGUGAGGCAAAUCCUCUCAGCAGCUGUUCAGAACAUUUUGCUUUCUUAUAUUCUGGCCAAUGCCAUUCCUUAUACCUAUGUAGCUAGCACAACCUUCUAGUUUACUGAAAACAUUGUAGCAUUCUCAUAGGAACUCCUUCAACUUCUUCAGAAGUUUUCAAAAUCAUUUCAUACUUUUGUUUUUUCUGGAGGAAGAGGUACAUGAUUCCUCUUUUUAUACCUUUGAUCACUCCUACUUUAAGGCCUUACUUCAGCACUUAUACUCUCUUAGGCACUUUUAUUUGUCCUUUUCCACUGGUUCCUUUCCAACUGAAUAUAAACAUGCUCAUUCAACUCUCGCUGGCACAAAAGACAAAACCUAUCAAUACUACUUCAUCUUGAUACUCUUACAUUUCUCUGUUAACUGCCAGAAUUUAUGUGGAGGCAGCUAGGUAGUGCAGGAGGUGCUAGAACGCAGAUCCAGGAAUGAAGAAGACCUGAAUUAAAAUAUAGCCCAAGACACAUAUAUUGCUAUGGGCAAGUCACUUAACUUUUGCCUUAAUUUCUUAUCUGUAAAAUGGGAAUAGCACCUUCCUCCCAAGGUUGCUAUGAGGAUAAAAUGAGACAGUAUUUGUUAAAGUGCUUUGGAAACUUUAGAAUAUCAUGUAAAUGCUCAAAAAAUCAAUAUUUUAUUUAUUUCAGAAAAGUAAUUUGUGCUUCCACUUCUUUACUAUUCAUAAUCUUCCUCAAUAACUCAUAGUCUGAUUUCUAUUCUAAUAACCAUUAUAUCAAAACUGCUGUCUCAUGAAUAACCAAUAUUGUCCUGAUUUUCCAACUUGGUGGCUUUUUUUUUUUUGCAGUAUUUCUGGAUAUCAGAGAUGAAAUAUUGAACAUUGUUGACCUCCCCUUUUUUAAUACUCUCAUUGUCUUUAUUUUCAAAGACACUGUGUUCUAUUUCUUUUUCUUUUAUAUCUUUUAACUAUUCCUUUGUUGUCAUUGACUAGAGACUUUUUUAAACCUUUUAAGGUAGCUUUUCAUCGAGAUUUUACACUUAAUAGAUUGCACUUAUAUAUAGCACUUUAAGAUUUGCAAAGUGCUUUAUAAAUAUCUCAUAUUCUCAUAGCAACUGGAACCCUGGAAGAUAGGUGCUUUUUAUCAUUCCCAUCUUAUAGAUGAGGAAGCUAAGGAAGGCAGAAGUUAAAUGACUUGUCCAGAGGCACACAACUAGUAAGCAUUUUAGAUUGGAUUGUUUUAGGCCUUCAUUAAUUAAGUCCAGCACACAGUCCAACUAUUUAUAUUCUUUCAGGAAUUUUUGUAGUCCCAAGGCUUCAAAAAGCACCUAUUUCUAGUUCUUGUCUCACUUUGGCAUUCCAGACAAGCAUUUCCCAACUACCUAUAUAGCACAUCUGAUUUCACUCAAUUAUAUCACAAUUCACCCAUCUCCUUGAUUCUAAAAUCUUGGUGUUAACUUUUAAUUCUUUCCAUCAUAUUUCAUUUCAUGUUACUUAGUCCUAUAAUAUUUCUUAUGUCAGUAUGCUCCUUUUUAUUCUUGCUGCCAACACUAUAGUGCAAGUCUCCAGUAUUGCCUUUGUGGGCUUCUGCAGUAGCUAUACUUUCUUUCAUGCAUUUUCCACCUUCCCUUUCUAAUCUAUCCUUUCUAAUACUGUCAAUCUUUUCUUAGUUAUUGAUAGCUAUCAUUAUUCUUCUAAAAUCUCUUGUGGAUUCUUCUUGCUUACAGAAUAGUUUUGAAAUUCCUUUGACUAAAUAAGUUCUCAAAUCUAGUAUUCAUCACUGUGGUUCAACUAAACUAGAUACACUUGCCUUAUUCCUUAUAUAUCCUAUCAUUUGGGAUUUUCUUGCCUUUGCUCGUAGAGAUCCCUGUGUCUGGAAUAUCUUCACUCAGUUUCACUUGUGUUCUUACAGGUCCUUUAAAACCAAACUUGUAUCUCAGUCUUUAAUUAUCUUAAUCAUGUUAGUUGGUAAUGGUCCUUCCCCCAUGCAGAACUCAAUAGCACUAUGUUUGCACUAAUAUGUUGUUUUGUAAUAUAGUUAUCUGUGUAUGUAUCUUGUCUAUUAGAAUGUAAGUUCCAUGUGGGCAGAAACUGUCUUAUUUAACUUUUGUAUCUCCUCCAGGAUUUGGUCCAAUGUUGCACACUAUUUAUUUAAUAAAUGCUUAUUGAGUAUAAUUGAAUUCAUUGAAUUGAAUAAAUGAUUUCAUCUGGAUUGCA